AUGAAAUACUCACGUCUAAACCAAGCCGCAAUAGUAGAUGCCCUUCGCGGCCAAACACUACAAAUCUCCAAUCUUCAUAAUUUCUUCUGUGGCUGGCCCAAUCCUCGAGGUCAACUCAACCGCCACCAUGAGCACGUUACGCCAAUCGUCAAUCGAGCGGUUGAGCGCAUGGCUACAGCAUAUCCGUUGAUCGCCCGUCGAAAAAAGGAUGACAUUGCUUCUCUGGCUUGUUCACUAUAUCCCCAAGCUCGUAGGCGGCAGAUCGAGGCUUUGACUCUCUAUACGACGUGGCUCGUUUGCUGGGAUGAUGCUGUUGAUGCUAACGAGGGCGAUCUGGCGGGUGACUUUAUGCGGGCAGAGCGUUGGAGGGAGCAGACUAUGCGCAUGGUGCGUGAGGCAUUGGCCGUUGACGAAAUGAGUACGAGUGAAGCGGCGGAUGACGAUCCCAUCAGCGGCGUGUUUCGAGAGUUCGGUGCGCGAUUCUGUCAGACGGCGCCGAGGGAUCAACGGCGCCUCUUAUAUGAUGAGAUCCAAUUCUUCAUCAACAGCUGCGCGGCUGAGCAGAGGCUCCGUCUGGCCAGUCGCAUACCUGACUACGAGCCGUACAUGAAGAUGAGGAUCGGCACUGUCGGUGGGAGAAUGCUCUGCAGUCUUGUACCAUAUGCAACGGACGAGAGGCUUCCAGGAGCGUUAUCGUCAGCUCCAGAGGUCGUUCAUUUAUGGACGCAAGUGAGCAUUCUACAGAGCUUGAUGAAUGACAUGCUGUCGCUGAAGAAGGAGUUGCGGACUGAUUGUGUCAUCAAUGCCGUUGCAGCCAUCAUGGAGCCUGGCAUGAGCCUGGAUGUUGUAGUUGCUAAGCUAGAAGAGAGGAUGAAAAUGGCAGUCAACAACUUUGACGAUGCAGCGAAUAUGUUGCUUCAUAAGACUGAGUUUCAAGAACAGACACACCCCAUCGUGCAGAGAUACGUUGGUGGAUGCCGUUCCAUCGUCACAGGCACACUUAGAUUCACAUUAACAUCGCCCAGAUACAACAUACAAAAACUCAUAGAACAAGACGGGUCAUUAAAAAUUACAGUUUAA